AGCUGUAGCUAGUUAGUGCAUUUCUGCAUGUGAUAGUAAGACACAGCAGCUUCAAACACACUACUAUCCCUUUUUCUGGAAUAGAAUACACUGGAACUUCAGUUAUGUUUCUUAGAGAGAUUUAGUUGGAUUGAUUUUUUUUAUUCUAUUAAAUCUGCAGGAAGACGACCAAUUUCUUAAUACAGUUUGGAUCUAACAGGGCAAGAAAAAAAAGUUUUCACUAGAACUACAGAUUAACAAUAACACUGGUAACACAAAGAAGAAAAAAAACAAGUUGACUUCUGGAUUUUCAAUCUACUGCAGAAGCAAAAAGCAACAGCAACAUUUGUUUUUGCCACCACAUUCAUCUUAAAAUGAAGAUAUCUAUAUGGACUUUGGGUGUGCUAUUAUUCCUACUACUGUCUACAGGACACUGCACAGAAAAGUCUGAACUCAGUAAAAUAUCCCCGAAGAGGCACCCUCGUUCAACAGACGGUGGAGAGGAAGGAAAAAAAUGUGGUUAUACGUUCUUGGUUCCUGAACAAAAAAUAACAGGGCCAAUCUGUGUAAACACCAAAGGACUAGGAGCAGAUAACAGAAAAGAUGAAAUCACAAGGAUGGACAUAGAGAACCUGAAGGAAGUACUGUCCAAACAGAAGCGGGAGAUUGAUAUCUUGCAGCUAGUGGUGGACGUGGAUGGAAAUAUUGUGAAUGAGGUAAAACUGCUGAGAAAAGAAAGUCGUAACAUGAACUCCCGAGUCACUCAGCUCUACAUGCAGCUCUUGCAUGAGAUAAUCCGAAAGCGUGAUAAUUCACUUGAGCUUUCCCAACUGGAAAACAAAAUCCUCAAUGUUACAACAGAAAUGUUGAAGAUGGCAACACGAUACAGGGAGCUUGAAAUAAAAUAUGCAGCACUAACUGAUCUUGUAAAUAAUCAGUCUGUGAUUAUCUCUUUACUGGAAGAGCAGUGCUUGCAGAUACUGUCACGACAGGACACAGACGGAUCUCCUCCUCUUGUUCAGGUGGUGCCACAGCACAUUCCUAACAGACAGCACUAUACUCCCAGCCUUUUGGGAGGUAAUGAGAUACAGAGGGACCCAAGUUAUCCUAGAGACAGAGACAUAAGGCCACCACCUGAUCCAGCUACUUCCCCCACAAAAAGUCCUUUCAGGAUACCACCGCUAACUUUAAUCAAUGAAGGUCCUUUCAAGGACUGGCAACAAGCCAAAGAAGCUGGGCAUUCCAACAGUGGAAUUUAUAUGAUCAAACCUGAAAACAGCAAUGAACCAGUACAGUUAUGGUGUGAGAACAGUCUGGACCCUGGAGGCUGGGCAGUUAUUCAGAAAAGGAACAGAUGGAUCUGUCAAUUUCUUCAGGAAUGGGACAGUUACAAGAAAGGAUUUGGCAAUGUUGAUGGAGAGUACUGGCUGGGACUAGAAAAUAUUUACAUGCUUACCAAUCAGGACAAUUAUAGGCUACUGAUUGAACUAGAAGAUUGGAGUAAUAAGAAAGUCUAUGCAGAAUACAGCAGUUUUCGCCUGGAGCCUGAAAGUGAAUUCUAUAGGCUGCGUCUGGGAACUUACCAGGGAAAUGCAGGGGAUUCCAUGAUAUGGCACAAUGGAAAACAAUUUACAACACUGGACAGAGAUAGAGAUACAUACACAGGAAAUUGUGCCCAUUUUCACAAAGGAGGCUGGUGGUACAAUGCUUGCGCACAUUCUAACCUUAACGGAGUGUGGUACAGAGGAGGCCAUUACAGAAGCAAAUAUCAGGAUGGGAUUUUUUGGGCUGAGUACAGAGGUGGUUCAUAUUCCCUGAAAGCAGUUCAGAUGAUGAUCAGACCCAUUGACUGAAAAAAAACACCCCAAACCAUACCCCACUAUCUCAAGUGAUCAAAUAUAAAACUUUUCAGUGCUUGAGCUCCAGGGGGGAAAAAAAGUUACAUUUAAACUCUUAUUUUGCGCAAUUUAGCCCUGCAAAAUGCAGUGCUACAAGUGUUUUGGGUUUUUGUUUUUUAAACUCUCACUGAUACAGUAUGUGUUAAACAUAACUUCUAAUAAUUCACAAAACACACAAGGGUUUAAACAUUUGUAAUAAAUAUUUAUCUUCAUUAAAGUCCUACACAUUUUUCCAUUAAUUGCAGCCAUUAAAAUAGCUCUUAGGUUACAGUACAAGUUUCUCCAGAUCAGUUCAAUCUUUAAAUGUAAAUAUGUAAAACAACUAUGUCUUAUUUUAAUGUAAAAAUUAAUUCAUUUUCAGUUAUUUAAUAGUUUUUUAAAAACUCAUAAGAUUACUUUCAAUGUAUAUCUGAUCUUACAUUAUUGUUUUUAACAUUUACACACACGAGUUUGCACCCCAAAAUAGUAGACAGAAAAUUGGUGAGAAACUCUAGUUUUGCCAGCAGAUAUAUUUUGUUGCAAACAAACACUAAGAGUUAUUUCCACAUGAAGUUGUGAAUUUAACAUAAAAUAGUUGCUAAUAAUGUACACUGUUUCUUACAGGACAUGCGUAUCCUGCUUCCCAUCAAAGCAUUUAGGAGAAAUGUUUUCUUAGCACAAUAAAAACAAAACACAAUUCUUAUAACACACUCUUAUAAAUGCAUGAGUAAAUUCCACAGUGCUCAUGUCUUUUCUAUGUGUCUUUGUACUCCACACAUGUAGCAAGCAGGCUGUGCUACCUAUGGUAUGCAUGUUACUGAAUAGGAAAAUCAUUCUUGAUCACUUAAACUCAAACAAUCAGCAAAAUAGGCAAAAAUUAAAGGAAAAAAGUUUUACUAGAAUAUAUGAAAUACACAUUUUCUCAAGCCUUUUGCAAAUUGUGACCAAACUGGCAUUUUGAAAUAAUUGAAAAACUAAUCUCAGUUUCCAAGAAAACAUUAAAAAAUUUUUUUUUCAUUUUUAUUAGUUCACGACUUGAACAGAUUUCAACAUGUUAUAACAUGUUGGCAUUACAUAGUAAAUUCAGAAAAUAUGAUGCAGUUAAAGAAAUUAAUGUUAAUUACUAUAUUAAUUUAUUUCUAAACUUUGUAUAAAUGCAGCCUGGGGACAUUUGUGCUUGCCUGGAUGAGGAAAGGCAACCAAUAUACAAAUGCAAAUCAACUUCAAAAGCAAGAAAAAAAGGUAUUUCUAAAGCAAAUUCGGGCUGAUACUCCUGUGGCCCAGAUAUAAAUGGAGGAAGGGACUUUUACACUCAUACUUUCCAGAUACUAAUUAGGUACACAAAAACCAAGAAUACAAUAAAAAGAGUUUCUUGGGUUCCACAGACUCAGGUUGACCUGGCCAAGUAUUAACAAAGAACAGUCCCACAUAUAACACUAUUUACUAGUUUGCUCAACAAAAUGGUUUAAAUCCAGUUCUUACAUUAAUCAAUCUCAAAUAUUAACAAUCACAAACUGCAAGGACCUGAAGUUGUGAACUGACGUCUUUUUUAAAUUGUAACAUUUUACGAUAUAAAAUAUCCAGAAUCAUGUGAAUCUCUCAAUCUGUCACUUUGAAUACUGUAAGAACAGAGUUUUAGUUGGAGAAAUACCAUUUAAAGAUCAGAAAGAAUUUCAAAGUAAACAAGCUUACACCCACAACUAAUAAGAGAUCUGUGAAAAUCCCAUCUCCACACUAUAAAAGAUUAUACUAAAGAGAGAAGUUCUGCCUCCAGUACAGGCAUAGCAACUUAUUCUGUACACCUAGUAAGGGUGAGAGUUGUUAGACUAAAUGCAUCCUUGCAUAUCUGCUGUAAAGACACAUUGUACCUCUACCUAACUGUCUUUCUAGCUGAAUGACCUCAUAGUCUUAAGGGACAAAAUAUAUCCUGGGGAAUUAUAAGGAACAGAAAUUCACAUUCUCAACCACCUUACACAAAAACACUCUUGUACUGUACUUUUCUUGGGUUCUUCAAAAUAAAUAUGGUAUUUGCCAGCUCUGAACUAUAAUUAUCAGAAAUGUAGGACUGGAAGGGGACCUCAGUAGGUCAUCUAGUCCAGUCCCCUGCACUGAGUUAGA